GCACUUCUCCCGCCAGUCAAAAAGGCCUCGUCGCUUCCCUAUAUAAACCCUAACCCACCUCUGCCCCCGUAAAAAAAUUCAACCGUAACCCUAGCCCUAACCCCCCAAAUUUUCCCUCCAAAAACAGGAAGUUUUUCCCAUUCCUUCAGUAAUCGGGGGAGGAUGUUGGAGCUCCGGCUGGUGCAGGGGAGCCUGUUGAAGAAGGUUCUAGAAGCGAUCAAGGAGCUGGUGACCGAUGCGAACUUCGACUGCUCCGCUACCGGCUUCUCUCUGCAGGCUAUGGAUUCCAGCCACGUGGCGCUGGUGGCGCUGCUGCUCCGCUCGGAGGGCUUCGAGCACUACCGCUGCGACCGAAACAUCUCCAUGGGGAUGAAUCUCAACAACAUGGCUAAAAUGCUCAAAUGCGCUGGCAACGAUGAUAUCAUCACGUUGAAGGCCGACGACGGCAGCGAUACCGUCACCUUCAUGUUCGAGAGUCCCACACAAGAUAAGAUCUCGGAUUUUGAGAUGAAGCUCAUGGACAUUGACAGUGAGCACUUAGGAAUCCCAGAAGCUGAGUACCAUGCUAUAGUUCGCAUGCCAUCUGCUGAGUUUGCAAGGAUUUGCAAAGAUCUUAGUAGCAUUGGGGACACAGUUGUCAUCUCUGUUACAAAGGAAGGUGUGAAGUUCUCGACAAGAGGUGAUAUUGGGACUGCAAAUGUCGUAUGUAGGCAGAACACCACUGUUGACAAGCCAGAAGAUGCCACUGUAAUAGAGAUGAAUGAGCCAGUAUCUCUCACAUUUGCCCUUAGGUAUCUGAACUCCUUCACUAAGGCGACUCCAUUGUCAAGCACUGUCACCAUUAGUUUAUCCUCAGAGCUUCCUGUGGUGGUCGAGUACAAGAUUGCAGAGAUGGGCUACAUACGAUUCUACUUGGCUCCCAAGAUUGAGGAGGACGAGGAAGAGACUAAGCCUUGAUCUGAUUACAAAGUGAAUGCGUUCUUGCUGAAAGCUAAUCCACAGGCCCGAGUUAUUGUAUAUCUUUUUGGUGCUUUAUGUUCCAGGAUUUGUUACUCAUAUUGCGUUUGAUUACAUUUUCCCAAGUACUGCACUCCUAAAUCGAUGUAUUCAGAUUUUAUCAAGGAUAUUUAAUGGAUAAAUAUGUGCAGCACCAUAUUUAUCCAUGGGUAUUUUAUUGUUGA